ACUCGGGAGGACAAGCGUCCUGGUGCAGACGAGCAUGUUACGUUUGCUUUCGCGGGGAUUCACUGCGGUCAAACACGGCGCACUACAGGGAUACCAAUGACAGAAAGACACUUCCUGGCAUUUAACUAAGACAUUGACUCCGAAAGAAGAAGAUGUCGGGCUGGAUUUGGUGCUUGCUUCUUCCCUUGUUGCUUCUGAUAUGCAACAGUCAAACUCAAGUGGAAAACCAGGUGGUUCUCCUGCCAGGAAUAUUCCAAAAUGUCAACGUCUCGCUGAAUGAGUCAGUGCAGGCUACAGUGUCCAGAAUCCCCCCGGAGGUGGCUUUUAUCAUCCUGCAGUUUCACACGCUGCACCACAAUGCCACGCUGUCGUACACCAGGUUUCCAGGUGCAGGUCUCUUUGUGAAUGCAGUGGAUGUGGGUCUGCUGUCGCUUCUUCUGCCUGGUCAAGCCUCCCUUUCUCUGUUUCUGUCGUCUCCAACCGGCGACAGCUUCUCAAGCACCGGAGUGAUUCUGCCUUAUUCCAGCAUGGACCCGGUUCCUGGAGGUUGUAACAUAGAGUUUAACUUGGAAGUCGACCCAAACAUCCACCUGCACUACAAUCUAUAUGAGACCACCAUUAGUUUUGCACCAGCAAACUUGGGAUUUGUGAGGGGCGGCCCUCCACCGUCGUGCGACACCAUUACAGGAGCCAACAGUCGCUGGCGACUGCAGUAUGACGUCUACCAGUACUUCCUGCCGGAAAACGACCUGUCGGAGCGAAGCCUCUUCAGUGGGAUCCAGGCUGUGGCGGACCCUCGUGGCAUGAUGUUGAGAGGGAAACUGAUCCAGACGCUGUCGUCAGCAGAUGUCACCAGGGUCAUGUUUAACUCCGUCCCCGGUCAGGGGGUCAUUUACUCUGUGAUCGUCAGAGACCCGGUUCGGAACACCUCCGCCUCAUACGUCCCCGUUCACACGUACGCCUGCAGCUUCAAGUCCAGGCUGGACAACUGUCAGAUACAAGGGAAGAUUUCCACCAAAAUAUUCUUCACCAUCACUGGCGUGGCAGGACUCUUGGUCUGCUUCCUUGGACACAGGUUCUUCAAAUGUGAGUUGUUCUGUAUGGGGUUCAGCUUCACCGCCCUCUUCUUUUUCGUGCUGAUCACCAGGUUCAACAGUCUGGAGUACGACAUCACCCUCACUCUGUCUGCGGUGAUCGGCGCAGUGGGCGGAGUCCUGCUGGUGAUGAGCUGGUGGAGGUUUGGUUCCGUCAUGUCCUGCAUCGUGGUGGUGGGCCUCAUGCUGGGCUUCAUGGUGGCCUCCAUCGUCAUGUUCACUCCACUUGGCGACCUGGACUUGUUCCGCCAAUCCAACACUGUUUUCUGGGUCACGUUCUGCUGCGUCAUGUUCACGGUCCCGCUCUUCUUCGUGCGCUGGCCCAGAGAGGGCAACAUCACCACAUGCGGAGUGGUGGGAGCGUACGCCGUCCUCCUAGCUGUCAACUCCUACAACUACACCAGCCUGUCCUUCAUCACCCUCAACAUCCUCAAGCGCUUCAUCAACACCAACUACAGCAAUGUCUUCACCAACGUGUCGCUGCAGACCUUCGACUACAUCAUGAUGACGGUGUGGGUCGUGCUCGCCAUCAGCGGGAUCGUGCUGCAGCUGAUCCGGGAGAGAUCGCGGCCGUUCUUCCCACCGAGUCCGUACCUCAUGUGGCUGCAGGAGCGAGAACGCCGCAAGACAAACGUCCUGGACCCAAGCCAUCACUUCCCACCGCUUCACAACCGACUGAUGGCCCGGGUCCGGCAGCUGACCAGGAGGGUGGAACCAGCAGGAGAACACACUCCUCUACUCUUGUGACCCAAAGAUGCGAAGCCCAAACAACACUUUCAGAUCUGAUGAGAUAAUUCAGAAAGUUUUUAUCUUCAGAACUUGCUCCUCAAGUCCCCAGCACUGGUCCAGAAGAACUUUCAGAUCUUUUUGAACAGGAUGCAUUUGGUGCACUUUUUCCAUAAAGACUUUUGUCAAUGGAUCUCAAUGGUUCAUAUGUUGUCCUGAAAAAAACAUUUACUUUGGAUUGGUGGCCUGUGAGAUUUUAGAGAUCAUGAUUCUGAAAAUGCUCUCAGACGUUUACUGAAUUUUACGUUUACAGGUCAGAAAGCGCAACACUAUUCCAAUGUCCAGAGAUUUUUAUCUCGUCACAAAAGCCUCUAAUGAGGAAUUUUAAUGUAUUCAGUGCAGGUGAAAAGACUUUUUCUCAGGGUUUGUUUUUGAAACUCAAAUGCACUGACGAUGACCAAUGAUGUUCUUUGACUCCGUAAUGACUUAUUUUAAUACCACUGCUUGUGCCAAUACAAGAGGCUCACCAAUGUUUAAUUGAAUGUCUGCUGUUAUUUAAUAAAUGUAAAUGUCGGCAUCCACAAGGUUCCCAUUCUAUGACCUCCCCAGUGUCCCUCAGCUCUUGCUUGGCUCACUCAGCAUAGUCUCUGGCUUGUUCCCUCUUGCAUGAACUCAAGAGCUGAGCUCCCUUUACAGUCACUAGAGAGCAGCAAUGGUGAGUUGUGGACGCUCCACCGUUGUCAUCCGGUGUUGUCUGUCUUUAUCAAAGAGGAAGCAGAAUGUGAUGAUGUCGUGCCUUCUUAUGAAAUAGUUGAAAUGAG